AUCCGGCCCGCAGAGGCCCUUUUGCUUACCCCGACAUAGAUGGUACUCACAUGGCACAGUACUUAGCUUUAGUGGAGACCAUGGCGAGACAAUGGGAAAAGCAGAAGUGAGCCCUACAAAAUAGAUAUAAUCAUUUCUCCAUAUACAAAUAGGAAGCUUCCUUUUUUGUUAUAGCUAGUUCCUAAGUAUUACGUUCUGUUUCCUCCUAUUAUCUCUAAGAUCUGUUUAUUGUAGGAUUUCCUGGGUUUCUUCAUCUACUGUGAUUUCAUUUACGGUAGGAUUUCCUGGUCUCUUCAUUUAGUGUUGAGCACCUGUGUUAUAAUCACACUGAGGAAGGCAGAAAGAUGUCAGGAUAUAUCCGGAAAAAUCCCCUGGAGAUCCCUCCACCCUCUGAAAAGGACUGGAUUAAGAAGGAUGAGGAGGAAAAUUUUUUCCUGCAGGAUCCUGAUCAAACCUUUGAUUCAUUACCUCAGCCAUUCCGGAUGAUCAAUAAACUGGUGACCCUAGUGUUUGAGCAGGCCUGGGAAAUCAUUGAGAAGAGGGAGGCACUCCAAGAGGCACAGACACUGAAGGUCCAGCCCACAUCAUACCUCCCCACAGCUGAAUUCCAGGUGAUGGGAAGAGCCAACUGCCUUGCAGCCUCUGGACAGCAUGUCUUUGUUGGGCUCUCCACUGGGCUUGCAGUCUUCAACAUGCCCACCUGUAAGCAGGUCUGUGUUUGGGAAUCAGCCAAACUAGAGAUUUGUGCCAUCCGUGCCUCCAACCUUGGCAAUGAGACACACCUUCUCAUUACUGUGGAUGAGAUGGGCCUUGCUCGGCUCUUUUAUUUUCAUAAGGACAGCCUGCUGCUCAUUAAAGUCCUGAAUGAAGCCGAAGAGAUCAGCAAGCGAAACACCUGUGUGGUGGCAGAGCUCUCCCACGGGAGCCAUUAUGCAGGCGUCCUGCUGCAAGGCAGCACAGAGGCUUGGCUGGAGAUCUACCGAUUGCCUAAGGAUUCCUGGCUGAAGGAGACAGACCAUGCCCAGGCAGGGGCAGCUGCAUCAUCUUUGAGGGAGAGGCGGGUUCUUACCAUGGCCAGCUUGUGUGAAUUAACCACAGUCCUCGCAUUUCCUUGGCAGAAAAGUUUGGAACUCUCGGGCGAGGGCUCUGCAGAAAUGGAAUCACCCAUGUCUACAAAUAGAGUUGAAAGUAAGUUGAGUCUCCCAGUGCUGCUGCUGAAGAUCAAGUCGCCCAAACCUCUGACAGGAAGCACAUUCAAAAGCCCUUUAGAAGCCUUGAUGAAGAUUGAUGAUGGCAGUGUGAUUGGCUUGGGACAGAAUCACAUGAUCAAAGACUACCAAUGGGAACAGCAGGAUGCAAUUUUUCGUAGCACCUUCCAAAUGCACCUGGAAAAGGAAAGUGAGCCUGACAGCAAGGAGGAGAAACCCAGCCAUGCCGUGUUUCAUUUUCUGCUGCCCGACCGGAUACUGCAGCUGGGACCUGAACUCAAAGCACAGCCAGACGUACCCAUUGGCAUCAGCGUGCAUUGGAAGGGAAGCCACAAUCUCUGCCUGUAUUUACUCACUCGGCCACCAAAGGAGAAAACAGAUGCGGAGCUAAAACCUGACAUUGUCUGGCCAUGUGCUGCUCCAAUCAUUUGCUCAGCUGUCAGUUCCUGCUCCUCUUACCUGACUCUGGCAUGUGAAGAUGGGACGAUAACUGUGUGGGACAAAUGUCAAGGGUUCCCACUAAGUGUGACUGCCCUUCCAGAGGGAUGUCUCAGCCGUGCUAUCCACUUCCUGCAGACACCUACAGCUCCAAGCGACCAGCUGCCUAGCCCUAAAGUGCAGCUUCUUGUUCUGUGUACAGAUGGGUCUCUCCACCUGGUUACAGUGUCGAAGCUGAGAGAGUCCAGGAUUGUGCUCCUGGCAGACAGGCCUGAGGACCCAGAUCAGACCAUCAGUGCUGUAGCACCAAUUCCAGCCUUACCGGGUGCAGUGCUGGUGUUCUCCUGGGAUGGCACAGUGUGCCUCACAGACACGGCCACGCCACAGACUGUUUGCCACUUCAUCACCCCACCUUCUCACACAGUGGCAUCCCCCUGGCAGCCAGUCUUUACCCUGGAUACCAAUAGCCAAUGCUUGCUCCUCCGAGGAGAUGAGCAGCAGCAGGCGGGUCUCCCGCCACAGACCAAAUACAAUCAAAGCUCCAUCUUCCUUUUUUAUUUUAAUUCUUACCAAUCCCUGGAGGUUUUCCCAGCAGUACCGGAGCCUCCUCCUGACUCCCUGCAAUACCUGCCCUGGGAGGAGAGAUGUGACAUUUUCCUCCAUGAAAGGCUGCAGCACCUGCCAAGAGUCAGCCAGCAGAUACCCGAGUGCUGGAGCCAGCUGCGGAAGCAUGCAGUUGCCCUGCAGCGGGAAAGCCGGAAGAAGUGAUGGGGGCAGGAAGAGUUACAGUCAAGAUCAACAUUGCAGCCUUGGGCUGGCACUAGGCCCGCAGACCUGGCUCAGCAUUGGCAUUUUAACAGCAGGCUAUUUAUUUUAACUCACUGAUCUUGACUAAUCUCUCCCUCGAGGCAGCUCAUCAUACUGAUCCUUCCUCCGCCCCCACAUCUUACCCAAGCCCUCUGAUCAGCCCAUGCCAGCAGGGAUCAGCUCCUCUUCCAGUUGUACUUGCACCAUGUUGGGAGCAUUCCAAUAGCCGUGUCUGCUUAUGCCAGAGAUGAACCCAGCAGCCCCAUUGAGCUAGAGAAUGUGUGGUGAGCCUUUGAGUCCCAUGUGGAUGUGGAAAUCCAAGCCUAAGCAAAAGCUUCAUGCAUGCAGUUAGCUCCACAUCCCUCUCUUUCAAUAAAGGCCUUUGCACACUGUA